CCCUCCUCACGUGAGGGGGGCGAGUCACGCGAUUUCCGGGAACCCGUCAGGAAGGGACAUAAACAAAACAAACCCGCAGCCGCAUGGAGGGUCCGGCCCGCAGCGCGCGGGGCGGCGCCCCCUGCUGAGCCCCGGCCGCCCGAGAUCUACAAACAGAAAAGCUCCGUAAGGGUGAACUGAAGUUAUCCUAAGGAAAAAAAUCAUUGCAUGGAUUGUGUGAACUCACUGAGACUGAAGUAAAGCUGGAAAGGAAUCUAAAAGUGAAUAAAAGAAGAAGUUUGGAAUUGGAUUUGGGUAAUCUGGGCUUGGAAAUGCCUCAGCCCAGUGUGAGUGGAAUGGACCCUCCUUUUGGGGACGCCUUUCGGAGCCAUGUGUUUUCAGAGCAGACUCUGAUGAGCACAGAUCUCUUGGCAAGCAGUUCAGAUCCAGACUUCAUGUAUGAACUGGACAGAGAAAUGGACUACCAUCAAAGCUCCAGAGACAACCUGCUUUCAAUGGAGGACUGCAAAGACCUUGAGAACUUCGAGUCUUUUACGGACAUCCUGGACAAAGAAGUUGCUCUCACCUCCAAGUGGGAGCAGUGGGACACGUACUGUGAAGACUUAACUAAGUACACUAAACUAACCAGCUGUGACAUCUGGGGAACAAAAGAGGUGGAUUAUCUGGGCCUUGAUGACUUUUCAAGCCCAUACCAAGAUGAAGAGGUGAUAAGCAAAACACCGACGCUGGCUCAGCUUAACAGCGAGGACUCCCAACCUGUUUCAGACUCACUCUAUUACCCUGAUUCGCUCUUUAGUGUAAAACAAAACUCUUUAAAUUCUCUGUUACCUGGCAAAAAAAUUGCAAGUAGAGCAGCAGCCCCGGUCUGUUCCUCCAAGAACGUUCAGGCUGAGGCACCUCUAUCGGACUAUGUUCAGAAGGCAAGCAAGCCUGCAACUCAGCCUGCUUCCAGUACACAAAUCACGGUGAAGACCAAUGUGUACAAUAAUGAAAAGGUGAACAUUCAUGUUGAAUGUAAAGACUAUGUUAAAAAGGCAAAAGUAAAGAUCAAUCCUUUACCACAGAGCAGACCAGUGGUGAGCCAAACACAUGCAGAUGCAGCAAAAGAAAACACCUGUUACUGUGGUGCCGUAGCAAAGAGACAAGAAAGGAAAGAGUCCCCACAUAGUCACAGUACACCUCCUGUUUUGCCUUUUAAAGAGACUCAAGAACUGCUCCUCAGUCCACCCCAGGAAACCACAGGACUAAUUGUGGGGGAGAGCAGUCUGUCUGCCAGCACAUCGGUGUCGGAUUCUUCACAGAAGAAAGAAGAGCAUAACUAUUCUCUUUUUGUAACGGACAGUCUGGGUGAGCAGUCAGCCAAAGGAGACCCUGAAGAAGAUGAGGAGGAUGAGGAAGAUAUUGAAGAUGAGGACCACGAUGAAGGAUUUGGCAGUGAGCAUGAGCUCUCUGAAAAUGACGAUGAGGAAGAAGAUUAUGAGGAUGAUAAAGACGAUGACAUCAGCGAUACUUUCUCAGAACCAGGGUAUGAAAAUGAUUCUGUGGAGGAUUUAAAAGAAAUGACUGCAAUAUCCUCUCGAAAAAGAGGCAAGCGAAGAUACUUCUGGGAGUACAGUGAGCAGCUAACAACAUCGCAGCAAGAAAGGAUGCUGAGGCCAUCUGAGUGGAAUCGAGAUACGUUACCAAGUAACAUGUAUCAGAAGAAUGGUCUCCAUCAUGGAAAAUAUGCAGCAAAGAAGUCACGGAGGACUGAUGUAGAAGACCUGACUCCCAAUCCCAAAAAACUUCUACAGAUCGGUAAUGAACUGAGGAAACUGAAUAAGGUGAUCAGUGACCUGACGCCAGUCAGUGAACUUCCCUUAACUGCCAGACCACGGUCAAGAAAAGAAAAGAACAAACUGGCUUCCAGGGCUUGUAGACUAAAGAAGAAAGCCCAGUAUGAAGCCAAUAAAGUAAAACUCUGGGGUCUCAACACAGAAUAUGAUAAUUUACUGUUUGUGAUCAACUCCAUUAAACAAGAAAUCGUUAAUCGAGUGCAGGUGCCUAAAGAUGAUAGAGGAGUCAACAUGGAACAAAGAUUGAACGUACUCAUUAAAGAUACACUUGGACUGCCUGUAGCUGGACAAACAUCAGAAUUUGUGAAUCAAGUUUUAGAGAAGACUGCAGAAGGAGACCCAACGGGUGGCCUUGUAGGGUUACGAAUACCGAUGUCAAAAGUUUAAGACGUGAUUUCACCUGUUCUCAUCGGUCAGAUUCUUCCUGUGUUGUCAAGUAUUUCAUUGUAAAUUGCAUUCUGGUCUGCAUGUCAGUUUAGCAUUAUGUAAACACUUACAAUUAGGUUUCAUUGUUUUUAAAUAACAAUGUAGUAAACCAAUCAGCAUGAUAUAAAAUGCUUAAUAGCAUUUUUGGAGCAUAAACUAGAUAGUUCUAAAGCUGCUUUAAGAUUAAAUACAGACUUGAGGAUUCUUUUUAAAAUUAAGUUAUCUAGGACCAGACUUAUCACUUUUAUUUUAGAAGCAAAAACAUGUUUUUGCUAGUAAAAAUUUUUAGCAUAUGCCAGACACUGUGGCAGGUUUAUGCUCCAAGCAAAAUAAGAGGAAGCAUUUUUUUUUGGUAAAGCUGUCACUUUAGGAGGUUUUUUUUGUUGUUCUUUUUUGUUCUUUUUUAAUUUGUUUGUUUUGGAAUAAUUGGGUUUUCUUUGUUCUUAAAAAAAAAAAAACACAGUAAGGUUUCUUUGCAAUCAUUAACGUGUACGUAGCACACAUGGCUUUAGAGCUAGUGUGCCAUAUAAGACUUUAAUUUUCUAAGCUUAAUAUAGUAUUUAAAUGUCUGUGCAAGCAAGAGAAAAAAGUAUAUUCUUUGUGCCUUGUAUUUUGGGGGGAGAGCUAUCAGUAUAAGCUGGUAAAGUUUUGUAUGAAGAAAACCCUGAGGGGAGAAAACAAGAUGUACAGAUGGUGAGAUUAUAGGUUUUAAUGUAUUUGUUCCAGCUCUUAAAAUUUUUGAAUGUAUAUAGGAAUAUGUUGAAAAUGUAGAUAUAUGCCACAGAGUCUAUGUAUUGUAUAAAAGAUGGCUCUAGAAACUCAAUUUCGGUACUUUGGCCGGAAGAAAACAAAUACUUGCACAUUAAUGCGAUUGUUUAUUUUUGUACCAAAGACAAAUGCAACUGAUAUGGCGAACUGCCAGUCUAAGUAAAGUUUUGCACAGCUUAUAUGAUACUGUACUGAAUGUAAAAAAAACAAAUGAAAAAAAAAAAGAAAAAAAAUUAAAGGUCAGGGUUAGGGAUCUUACUGAACUGUGAAUUUUUUUGUUUGGGUCCAAUUAUCUACAGAAGGAGCAUUCAUACAUAACAAUAUUAUUUUGCUGUUCUUGUAGUUCGCUUCCAUGGUAGAUAACUUGGUGGCCGUCUCGGAGUCUUUAAAUCUUUUUUCUCUGCACUUACUGUAGGAGAUUUUAAUAUAUUUGGAUUUUAGUAAGCUAUUGGUAAAAUAGUUUUCAACUUUGAGAAUUUAAAAAGAAAUAUUUAGCUUGUUGUAGUAUACUUCCAAACAACCAAAAUAAAAUUAUUUUUAUUGUAAUGUGUAUAUAUGUAAAGAGAAAAAAGAGCUACAAAUACCUAAUUCCUUAGUUGCCACUUUUCCAGUUUAUGUAUUAUUAUGCAUGUGAUGUUUCCAAGGAUCAACACAGGCUUCAAACAAAACAAAACAAAAAAAAAAAUUUAUAGACUUUUAUAUUUUUGUACAGGUAUUUCAAAACUAGCUUCUUCAAACUUAUACGUGACUUAUUCUUGUUAAUUCAGUAGUUUCUAUGAUUGGGGAAUAUUAACACAGAGUUCUUAUUUGCUCUUCUGCUAAUAAGAGUUGGCUUUGUAGUCAGUGUUAACGUACAGAUUAAAAGCUUUAGCCCUUGAUGAAAGUCCUUUAUCUCAAGGCAAGAUCAUUCUCUGGUUUCAUGGACCCCCUUUUCCUCCCUGUUCUUUCUCUCCCUAUUUAACGAUGACAAAACACUGUUUACUGAAAAUAGAAAUACCAAAUAUUUUCAAAUGUAGCUGCUGAAAAAAAAUGCAAAAGUUCAUGAAGGCUUUCUCCCCACUCCCUUUGGGGAAUUUCUCCACUUCAUUUCUAGUUUGUCUUUGUUUGUACUGUGAUUCCUUUCUGUUUAUACGUAGGUUAUUUUUAUAUCAAAGCUUCUACUAUAAAAAAAAAGUCUGAAUUGGUAAUAGUGCAGUAAGAGUCGCAGAUGAAGGUGGCAAUCCUGCCACAUACUUAUGAUGAGCAUGCACACGGCUGACUUUGUAUCUAAGUAUUUUAGAAGACUCAAAAGGGAGGAGGCCAAAAUACCACUACUGAGCUGUACAGAAAGAUUUUCCUUCACAAGACUGAACAAAUACCCAGGGCAAUUUAGGCAAAACUUUGUAAAUCCACUUAAGAUUUGCACAAAUUGAGUGGACUUUGGGUGUCUUUGUUUCAGGUGUUUUUGUUGUUGCUCUUAGGGUGAGGUGAGAGUUGGCUGCUGCUUUACACAGUGGGUCAGAUGCAUUCCUAUUAUAAGCAUUGCCAAUGUACAGUUAUUCCAGAGAUGCAUACUGCCCAUUAAACCUCAACAAAGAAUGUCUCUUGUGAAGUUAAGGCCGUGUCUGUACGAAGAUUUAAAUACUGUUGUUCCUUUCUGAUGAGUAGUGUUAACACACUGCUCAGGUAGGAGAGGUCCUUUAUGCUAUUAUCAAAACUGUGUAGACAAGGCAGCAGUUCUAAAUAUUAAGAGAGCAGUCUUGCAAUCAGGUAAAAACUUUUAUGACAAAUUAAACUGACAAGGUAUUAAAAAGUCCCUUUUUUACUGCUCAGGAAUACUGGGCAAAUAUAACUUUAUAGCUCUUUAUUUUUGUCUGAAAACCAGAAUAUGAUUUUGGUCUAGCAUUUCAAAGUAGACUUUGAAUCUUUAGUGAAUUCCAUACCUUUGCAUUUCAGUGUUUUCUAUGUAUUAUUUUAAGUUAAAGCUUUUGAAUAGUUGAGCUUUUUAAUGUUGACACUUUAUUUUGUACCUAUUUAUAUGUAUGUAUAUCUUAGAAAAGCACUUUGUUUAAAAAGGAAAAAAAAAAAAAGCGUUUUAUAUGAUUCCUGCCACUUGCUGCUAACUCUGGGCUGGUCAGAAUGCUGCAGCGAUACUUGAUAUAAAUAAAACCUGGCAGUAAAAUGUAGAGUAAAGAUAAGACCUUUUGCUGGUUUAACUUUAUCAUAAAGGUGACAUAGGCAAGCUGUGCAGCUUUACAUUUUAACCAGGGGACUCUGUGGCAUUUAAACCGUCUAGAAAUGGUUGUACUUUAAUGCCAGUAACAAUCUGCUUCCUCUAGUGUCAUUAAAAUAUAUACAUUUAGUGUAUACUUAUCACAAAAAAAAAAUCUUAUAAGGGUAUAAAAACCAACAAAUGUACAUGUUCUGUUUUUGGCAAUUGUGGCAUGCAUUUUUGGGUGAUCUUUAGAGAAGGCCAUUUUCUAAAGAUUUUCAGUGUUCAUACAUGGUAUGUGGAUCUUAAUGAAGUCCUGGAUUCUUUUUGUUUGUUUCUGAGUGUAGGCAUUGUGAAUAUUCACUUUUAAUCCUAUAUCCAAAAACAAUUACAUACUCUUGAUUUAAUACAAACAAAAGCUCUUCCUUUUUCUGAUACACUGGAUUCUCUAGAAUUUGUUUCCAUAUUAAAAGCAUGCUGUUAUAACUGCUCUUGUUAAAAUCUCGUUGGUCUGAACUUAGGUGCCACACUUUUUGAAUUGAUGGACUGCUUGUUCUACUGUACCAUGUAUGAUUCUUGUCCUUUCCUACUUCCUUCAUUACAGAUUAUGAUGUGGCUUUAUAUUGUGCCUUACUUGUACAUCUAGAACUAAAUGUUUUUCAUUCCCCUGAACACCUCAAACCUAACCCUUCCUAAAGUGAAUCAGAACUAUAAAAGAAGAGUUUGGAUAGAUCUAUUUUAGUUUCUCUCAAUAGCAGUCAUUUUCUAUUUAUAUGGAAGAACAGUUUUUGAAUGGCCUUGCAAAAUGUGGGGGUGCUUAUGAAGGGCAUUUUGAGCCCUAAACCCCUUUUUGCUAACACUUUAUUUUAGGGUUUAUUGAACACAUCUACUGAUAUUUGGUGAGUUCUUUUCUUGGAUGAGAGAGACUUAUUACUAAAACUGUGUUUAGGUGUGGACUGGCUGGAUUUUCUUACCAUACCAGUUGAAAUCAUUGUGAUUUAAUGAAGUUGCAUUGCUGCAAAGUUGAUGUGAGAGUCAGGCUCAGCUGUGUUCAGUUCCUAAUCCUUUAUAGAUAGCAGACUUUUUCCAUACUUAGAAAAAGAAGGCUAGGAAAAAGUAAAAAAAAAAAAAAAAAAAAAAAAAUCUGAAAUGGAUGAAGGGUCUUUUAACUAACCUAAAAGCAACCAGACGCUUCUGAAAUACAGUGGUGUCAUUUUUUAUUUUAUCUGAAAAAGAUCCCAUCCCUCCCCCCAAGUAUUUAUCUGGUAUUUGCCUUCAUUAAUAAAACAGCUUCUUCACAAACUGUAAAGAAUGGGUGUGCUUUUCUUUGACAUAAAUCAUUUAAACAUAGCUAUUUUUUAAAGCUCUAAAAGGCUUUGUCAGGAGAAUUUCAAAGGGUUGUAUAUAAGUUGCCUUUAACAGAAAUAGCAAAUGCAAUUCUGUUCCUCAAACUCGCUUGCUAGUCUUCCUGAAAUCCUGUUGAGGCAUAACCCAAUCAUGUACCAUGAAUGUUAGAAUCUGUAUUGGCCUUGAGACCUGAAUUUCAAUAAUGCAUCUAAUCAUGAUGAUACUUUAUUUUGAAGUUGGAAGCUUCAGUUGGAAUCACCUAGUUAAGUGUGCUGCUAGAUGUGGCUAGCAUCCUGGCUUAUUGACACAGCCUUGCGCAGAGCUGGUUUAUUUUGUUUACCCCAGGGAUUGUGUGAAGUACAUUUCAAACAGUUGCUGCUUCAAUGACUAUUCUUCUUGUAACUGUAUUAAGGGCAUUAGUAUGUUGAGAAAACACCACUCUUUAAUAUAUCCCAAUACAAAUUGGGAUUCUUAAAUAUCAUUAAUGAAAGAUGGCACUUUUAGGCUCUAACUUCUUUGCAGUAUACAAAAAUAUCUCUGUCUUUCUACAAUUUACAUUUCUCAAUAUGCCAUGUUUUUCCCUCAGUGCUUUUAGCAUGAUAAGGUGCGUGUGCACACUGAGUUACAAUCCUCAGCCUCCUAGACAUUCAUGAACUUCCAUGAGAACAAAUACUGACUAUGCAUUCACUGUCUUUCUAAUGAAUAGUGGAGCUGAAUGUGGAAUGAGAGCUAUUUUAAGCCACACAUAUUUUUUUCAUAAAUAAAAUAAAAUUCCAGUCAUUUUAGAUAGCAUCAGUGUUCUGAGUUGUUUUUCACAGAUUUUUUUAAAGAAUAUUUGUUACGUGUCUGAAUGUCAAAGUUGAGUUAUCUAGCUACAGUAUGGAAAACUGGACUGGAUUUGGCACACUCCACCCUCUGAAACUCUUUUGAUUAAGAACAGAACCUAGUAGUAGUAUUUAAUUUUACCCAUUUUCUUACAAUAAUGGGUAUUCAUACAUUCUUAUUUGAAUCUUCUAUCCUGCCCAAAACAUUGAAGUAAAAUUUGUCAUUGUUCAGUAUUUGUGGUUCGGUGAAUUCUGAGGCUGAUGGCACGUGGUAGGUGAUUGACAGGAAAAAAAAAAAAAGGCAUUUUAAGCAAAACAUGGCAUCCUGUUCUGCCUAGAUACUCUAUAAUCUACUUCCAACUGGAGCUCAGAAAAACUUAAUGGAAGUCUUGUCUCUGUUAGAGAAAAAUUUACCUUGUUAACAGCAUGAUUUGUUAAGAGUUGCAAUGUUUAAUGUUGGUUAAUAGUUGUGCAGUUUUUCUUUUUCUUUUCUUUGAAAAGAGGCACAAUUAAACUAUUGACUUUG